UAGCAGCUCCUCUUCAAUUUUUGACGGGUGAUGCCUGCAUUCGCCGGGGUAGACGAGAAUGCGCAGUUCGUCAGGCGCACCGAUACUCAAGCCUCACUAGCCCGCUUACUUGCCGCUAUCGUGACGCGCGCUUAACCCCGCUUCCAACACUUCGAUCCACGGUGAGCGUAUGGGCGAGGAACGGCGGAGCCUCUUCUCGUUUUACCUGCAAGGUUGUUAAGAGAUUCACCAUGGCUUCCGGGGACAUGUUUUCAGAUGGAAACGACCUGGGUUUCAGCUUGGAGAGUUCUAUUGGCGAGGACCUCGAGUUUCUCUCCGACGGAUACGGCUUCAGCGACACCGUGUUUGACAGUUGCGAUCCAAAUUCAAUCGCCGUCAACAACAGAGAUUCCUGGUUCGCGGAUGAAAUCUCUGCCCUCGCAUAUGCCAACGAAGCCCAACAGGGCCAGAGCAUCGAUAUAUUUCAACAAAUUGCCCCCUAUGGUGGAUCUCACGCCUCGUCCGCACCUGGCUCGCUGACCCACACUCCGUCCCUCUUCGACAUCAAUACUGAACCUGUUCCCAGUCAUGCUCACGCCAUGACCACGUUUCCCAGGGAAAUGACUGCAAAUACACCUUCUUUUUUUAUCCAUGACACAGACCGGGCUCUACCUCCCUCCAAAUCUGGGAUCAGGUUCAACAGAGAGGCAGUCCGGGUCUUGAAACAUUGGCUCUCGACUCACACUAGUCAUCCAUACCCCGAUGAGGGUGAGAGGAGGAGGCUCCAGGAGCAGACGGGUCUCAACAGAACUCAGAUUGCAAACUGGCUUGCCAACGCACGUCGCCGAGGCAAGAUUCCUGCUACUCAAACGACUUCACGGCCCCAGAGUAGUUCGGCAAGCCCAAUAGACAUCCCGCCAAGACCUGCUACACCAGCAGUUCAUACUGGCUCAUCUCAGAGAAAUCCACUAGAGAGAUGGGUGGAUUCCCCGCCAGAGAAUGAACCAGCUAGCGCUAUAGCAAUUGCUCGUGCGGUUGCCUCCAAUUCGAAUCGUUCACCGAGGGCUGGAAGUUCACAAAACCCCGAUGCAACUCGAGAUGGAUCGGAGAAGUCUUUUUGCAACACCUCUUCUACAAGGAGUGUAGAUGCGUCUUGCUCCAGCGGUGCCUCGCUCGUUUCUGCUACUUCCCAUGUCAGCCAUGGGUCACAUGGGCCUUUUAGAGUCUUUGGGAAUCCCCGCUCACGUCGUAGAAAACGAGUCCAAAAGCAAAGCAACGGGAAAACGUCCUUGUCAAAUCCAUGGAAGACUUUCCAGUGCACUUUCUGCACUGAAACAUUCAGUGCGAGGUAUGACUGGCAAAGGCACGAGCAUACUCUUCAUCUGCCCCUCGAGCGAUGGGUAUGUGCCCCAGAUGGGCCUCGUUCUCUUAAACCAGAUACUGGCACCGUGUGCUGCGUAUUCUGUGGGCAAGAGGAUCCAGAUGACGCCCACGUUCUGGGUCAUAACUACGCUACAUGUCAAGACCGAUCGGUCCACUGGCGGACAUUCAAUCGAAAAGACCACCUAAACCAGCACUUACGACUAGUCCAUAACGCUAAAUUUACAACAUGGCCGAUGAAAGGAUGGAAAGUUGCUAUGCCAGAGAUUCGAUCACGAUGUGGCUUUUGCGAACACAGUAUGGACACUUGGGAUGCUCGAGUUCACCAUUUGGCGGCCCACUUCAAAGCUGGGAAGACAAUGGCCGACUGGAAGGGUGACUGGGGGUUCACCGCCGAUAUUCUGGCGCUCGUCGAGAACGCGAUUCCGCCAUACUUCAUCAACACUGAACGCUCGACACCGUUUCCGUUUGAGGGCAGUCGCGCACUCGCAGAAACUCCCCGAAGCGCAUACGAGCUUCUCAAGCUAGAAUUGGCUUAUUUCAUGCAAACUCAUUUUGACAAGAAUGCAAGAAUGCCGACCAACGAAGAAAUGCAACUCGAGGCUUGUCGAAUUGUUCUUGCGUCUGAGGUUGCGAACCAGCAGGAUGCACACCGACAGGAUGUUCCACACCCUCCCUCAUGGCUACAAGACUUGAUCAUGUCAGAAGAGGGCAUCGUCCAGAAAGCCAAAUUUAGUCCGAUGCGGUCCUCGGCUGAAAGUAGGCUCUUUACCCUGAGGAUCAAUGGAAAGACUAGCCUCUUCGAAGAAUGCCCAUUCGAAGCCCAGCUCCGCGAUUUUGUCAAACUUCGGCAGCUAUCGGGCCUUACUACCAGUCACGGCGAACUCAAAGAGGAGGCGUGUUGCAUUAUCGGUCGCAUAGAGGAGGUCUCGACUACACCAUCCGAUUUCAUUGCGACCUGGCUUGUCAAGCUCAUCCACUCUCCCGCAGACUGGCUUUCUGGAUUUGUUCUGCGAACGGACAUAUCCUUCCUCCAAAAUUUGGAGAAUCCGGAAGAAUUUAACAUGGAUGCUACCAUUCAAGAUUACACUAAGCUUGAGCGAGAAUUAGCCAAGUACAUCGAAGUUCGGAGGGCAAUUGGCAUUGAGCCAAUCGACGAGGAGCUCCGACGGCAGGCUCGGAUUAUCAUCUACGAAGCGGAUAUAGCGUGUAACCAGACGGCAGCUGAUGACAACUAUUGGCUUUCUGCCUUCAAGGGACGACAUCUACCCGACUUAAACCUUGAGGAUGCCAUCGCCUCAGGAUAUAACGCCCAGGGGUCCAUACCGAUAGAGGAAACGAUGUCCCUAUACCAUCUUUCUGUGGCUCCUGAAGCUAGCAACCAUAGCAGUCCACAGGGAGCGAUAGAGGGAGGCGAUCACCAUUCCGCUCUAGCAGCCCGGUCAUUAGUAAUGAAGGCGGGCAGCUUUUUCGUCAGUGAUCCCAACUUCUACCGCUGGAUCACAGAGGAGCUAGCCCGUUGGGUAACCGCGACCAUGUCACCUCAUAACCCAGCUUGCCACAUCCCAUCUGAUGAAGAGAUCCAGCACUAUGCCCGCUGGAUCACGUACAACGACGAUGACCCCUUGAACCAAACAAUUGCAGAGAAUCAGGAUUGGCUGAAGGACUUCAAGCGUGAUAUGGGCAUUCUGAAUGAACCAAAGUUGAUGUCUCGAGCAGAGGAAUAGUUGUGUGCCAAGACUACCAAAGAUAGUCGAUUUCAGCAUGGUUUUAGCUAUGUUCUCCAUGAUGUACAAGCAGUCAUGUAUUAAUCGAGCCAUUAACAAGGCUUGUCUCAAUGGUUUUUUGUUUUUAGUUUCUUCUACUUUGCAGGGUGGAUAGAUCACUUGGAAUGGGGAAAAUACUUGAAGUAAUGAAGGAGAUUAGCAAAUGACUUAGAUGCAGUGCAGCACCGGAAACCCAAGGCCAUAACUGUUCUACGGCGAUUCGUAUCAGCUGUAACAUGUUCA